UACGACAUCAAUACCGGUCAGAAAAUCCUUUCGUUGGUACCGAACAUCUACAAUCAGUACACUAAAAACCGGGCCACCUUCUGUCCCUCGGACGAGCUGAUCCUCUCAGACGGAGUCCUGUGGGACGUCAACUCGGGCAAGGAAAUCCACAAGUUCGACAAGCUGAACCAAACCAUAUCCGGCGUUUUCCACCCGAACGGUCUGGAGAUCAUUUCCAACACCGAAGUCUGGGAUCUGCGGACAUUCCACUUGCUGAGGACGGUUCCGGCCCUAGAUCAGUGUCACGUGAAGUUCUCGCCGCAAAAUGUGAUCUACGGCAUCUGUCCGGAGUCGGAUUCGGAAACCCAUUCGGACAACACCUACUUCGAGUCCAGCUUUCGGGUCAUGGAUAGUUACGAUUAUUCCAGCAUAUCGACGGUUGACGUUAAGCGAAACAUCUACGAUCUGGGAAUCAACUUGUACGGCAGUCAGAUUGCGAUCGUGGAGAACCAGGGCGGGUACAAUUCGGUCCAGGAAUCGGUAGUGCGGAUCUAUAGCGUAGGACGGAAGAAAAAUACCGAAGAUGAAGCCGAAGAAGAGGAAGAGGACAUGGAAAAUUCGGAAGACAAUACGAUGUCGGAAACGGAGUCUGUCGUAUUCCACGGCGCUCGAGGAGAGAACGGUGGUGGUCAGCGUCGUCGGCGGAGACGGGGAAUGCGAAUCAAUGUAGUCGAAGAUGAUGAAGAUGAUAUUUUCCAACCAGGUUCUUCUUCGUCGAGCGACGACGACGACGAUGACGACGACGAUGAUGACGACGAUAUGGACGGCGGCGGCGCCGGUGGUGGAAAUGAUAACGAUGAUGAUGCCGGAGGUAACGACGAUGGCGCCGGGGACGAUGAGGGGGCCAACAACAACGACGAUGAUGACGACGAGGAAGAUGCCUCAUCCUGGACUACGACCUCCGAUCUGGAAGAUUUCCUGCUGAUGUAAGGCGAGGCUAGUGAACCUUCCUCCUCCAUCCCUUGAAAUUUAGGGAACUGUCACGUGUCGGGUGUAGCGAGCGGGUACUGCGCUGGGCCGUACCUACAUAGAAGAAGUGUCCCAUACGACAGACAGCUGUUGUAGAUAGUGAUGUUAAUAUUUGUCCAUCCUGCGGAGAGGACGUCAGGUAAAAAAUAAUAAUAAAAGAACAACAAAUCCGUUAAAUAGGUUCUAUUGUGAAAAAGCUUUAAGUAUAAAACAAUAAUAUAACUGAGAAUACAUCAGCAAAGAAAUUAUUCAAAUAAAAGAAAAUAGUGUCAACCUGUAAAGGCGUUUCGUUAGCACACCAUCCACGCGAUUAGAGUGUAGGGUUUUGUUUUUGGUCCAUCACCGAAACGUUUAGUUAAGUUUUCUGGUCGUUUAUUCUUAUUUAUAACAUAGAUGUUUCUGUUUCUUGAACAAAGUGUAUUUUUUUUAAACUAUCUCUGCAUCCACCCGCUAGCGGUAGUGAAAAACACUCUUGUACAUUUGCAAUAGUUUUUUAAACUAAAGGAAAUAAAUCAAUUGAUAUUUAAUAAA